UCACCCACUUCUUUUCCUUGUACGAUGACCAUAAAACACAUUCUUUUAAGAGUAAUAACAAGAAAAUUAAUUUUGUACUCAUAAAUACAAAGAUAAAUAGAGAAAAGAUAAUAGUACCCCGGUUGAAAACGACAAAGAUUUUGGCACGGGAUUUGAAAACAAAAAUGAGAAAACUUAAAUAAAUUUCCCCCAACUUCCCCUCCAAAAAAAAAUAAAUUGAUAUAGUAGAAGGGUUACAGAAUUUCAUUGAUGAUGAUAAAUUCCUCGAAAGGUUAUUCAUAUAUAGAUAUGGACGCGCCAAGUGUUAAUUUUUUUAAGAAGACCCACUUCUUAUAAGUUUUUUUUCAUUAUCUUUCGCUUUUUCUUUUCACCUACUUCUGUGAUGAAUAUCAAAACCAUGGUAUACAAUAGAGAAUUCAGACGAGUUAUACUUGGUCUAGCCUCUUUUAUAAUAUUCUUUUAUCUCAUUUCAAUAUACCGUUUGGUUGAUCUGCCAAUAUCCUUUCCCACUUCUUAUUUUUCCUACAAAGUGUCCCCUAAGGAAGAGUUUCUCAAUGAACUAGAGAAUAAUCCAGACUAUAAGCAAACAGGAUUGAAUUUCCAACCUACUAAUCCCGGCAUAAUUCCUUAUAAUACUACCGUGCUCAAAAAAUUGAGGAAACUUUUCCCAUAUGAUCGUUCUGAGCCAAUUCCCAAACAAGUCUGGCAAAUGUGGAAAGUUGGAGUUGACCAUCCAGAUUUCCCCGAAAGUUUUACAACGCUCCGUCAAACCUGGCUUGAUAAAAGUCCUGAAUACGAAUAUAUUGUAAAGACCAAUGCUGAAUGUGAUGCCAUGAUUGCAGAGUUAUAUGCUGAUGUUCCUGAAAUCAUACAUGCUUACAAUAUCAUGCCAGAAGUCAUUCUUCAGUGUGAUUUGGGCCGAUAUUUAAUCUUGUAUGCUUAUGGAGGGAUAUAUACCGAUUUAGAUACCAAGCUAUUGAAGCCUAUCGAAGAUUGGUUCUCAAGUCAGGAACUGUACUUGAAUAAAACCCUUAACUUGGGUCUUGUGGUGGGUAUUGAAUCUGAUAGACCUGAUUGGAAAACCUGUUGUGCUCGUAGACUCCAGAUUCAGACCUGGACAAUCAUGGCAAGAAAGGGACAUCCUUUCCUUGCUGAAUUGAUUAAUAGUAUUGUGGAGCACACAUUAUGGAGAGAAGAAACCGGUCAGUUGGGUGUCAGAAUGGGUAGAGAUGCAUCUGAUAAUGUUAUAAAUUGGACUGGUCCAGGAAGAUUUACUGAUUUUACCUUUAAAUACAUAAACAAUGUGCUUCAAACCGAUUUUGACAAUUAUGAAACAGUAAUUAAUGAAUCUUUCCUUACCCAGACCAAAUUACCAAUUAUCAUUGGUGAUGCAAUGAUUUUGCCUGAAGAAUGUAUGCACCCAACAAAGAAGCUGAAGAAGGGAGAAUUUAUUGAUCCAAGAGCACAUGUGAGACAUGUUGGUCUGAAUGUGUGGAAGACGGAUCAGAAGAACAAGAAUAAAAAUAAGGAAGGUGAUAAGAAGAAGGAAGACAAGAAAGUUGAUGACAAGAAAGCAGACAAGAAAGUUGAUGACAAGAAAGCAGACAAGAAAGUUGAUGACAAGAAAGUUGACAAGCAAGAAAAACCUUCUACUUAGAUGUUAAUGAGAACAUCUUACAUCAUCCUAGACGCUUCUUUUAUAUUUCCUUUCAUUUAUUUAUCAUUAUAAUACAAUAUUUAUAUCUGUCUUGUUUUAAGUAAUAAAAGACUAGCUCAAAACUCAGCUCGGCUAAACUUACCUUGUUUGCAGCCAUUCGUUUUUCUGUUGGCUUGGCUGUGGUGGCUUGACAACGUAACUAUAUGCAGGCACUCAUUUACCAAAUUUAGCAAAUUGAC